GAUAAACAAGACGACGUUCAGAGAAAAACAUUCACUAAAUGGAUUAACUCCUGUCUAAAUGGCAGAUCAUAUGGGGUUGUGGUUGAUCUAUUCGAUGACAUUAAAGAUGGAGUUUUGUUGCUGAAUCUCCUGAUGACUCUAUCCAACGAAAAGCUGCCUAUCGAAAAAGGUGACAAAAAUGGAAAGACAAAACGAAUCCAUCACAUCAGUAACAUUGGCACGGCUUUAGCAUAUCUCAGGAAUAAACAGAUAAAACUCGUGAACAUAAACGCUUCGGACGUUGCAGAUGGCAAGCCUUCAAUUGUUCUUGGACUCAUUUGGACCAUCAUUCUUCAUUUUCAAGUAAAAAAAGUUCAUUUGUCGUGUCAGCAGCUAAAACAGCCACAGCAGCAGCCACAACAACACGCAAAAAUUACUUUAACAAAACCGGCAACAACAUCAAAACCAUUGGCGAAAUCUAUUGCUACUUCGGACAAAGAACCUAAAGAGAAAUUACUCAGUUGGAUAAAUGAAUCUAUAAGCAAAAAAUAUGGAUUAGAAGUUAAGGAUUUCGGAAAAAGUUGGCGAGACGGAAUUGCAUUUAAUGCACUUUUACACACACUGGACCCCCACGUUGUGGACAUAAAAACUGUUUCCGGUUCGUCUGCUGCUAGUAGCGGAAAAGAAAACUUGGAAAAAAUUUUUUCUGUGGCGGAAAAUUUUUUUGGAAUUCCAAAACUUUUAGACCCAGAAGAUGUUGAUGUUGACAAUCCUGACGAACGGUCAAUAAUGAUAUACGUUUCCAAGGUCAUU